AUGGCAAUGCGAAUUACAUCUAUGGACACCAAAGACGUUGGUAUCGGAGAGACGCCUAUAUCCACGCCAUCUCUGACCGAAGACGAUGAAAAGGCCAUCUCAAAAGCGGCAUACCGCAAAGUCGACUAUCGCUUGCUUCUCUGGUACUCCUUCGUGUAUCUCAUCAUGAGAAUCAACGUCUCCAACAUCACCAACACCGCCAUAAUCAACGUGGAAGAAGGAACUGGCAUCAAGAAACAGCUUGGAAAUCUCACAUCCGAACAAUGGGCAUGGGCGCUCAGCAUCUUCUACUACCCCUACAUGUUCGCGGAGCCAGCAUCAACAUUACUUUUAAAGCACUUCACGCCAUCGACUUGGAUGGCUCGGAUAAUGGUCACCUGGGGCAUUAUAUCCAUGUGUCAAGGCGCGACGCAGAAUUAUGYGGGAAUACUGGCGACCAGAUUUCUGCUCGGUCUGGCUGAGGCUGGGUAUUAUCCUGGCGUGCUCUAUCAUAUCUCCUUUUGGUAUCCCGCGGAACAUACUGCUCUUCGCAUUGCGUUCUUCUAUGCUUGUGGGAUGUUCUCGGGCACGAUUAGUGGCUUGUUGGCAUUUGCCAUCUCGUACAUGAACGGUGUUGCCGGAUUGGCUGGAUGGCGCUGGGUGUUUAUCUUCGAAGGCAUUCCGCCAAUAUUCUGUGGUAUCUACACCUACUUUAUGCUCCCCAACUACCCAGAAACAUCAAACUUCAUAUCCGAGCAAGAAAGAUCAGCAUUACUAAACAACCUACCAAAAACACAACCCUCUUCAACCUCAAAAACAUGGGACACCGCCCAAGUAAAAGCCAUCUUCCAAGAUCCAACAACCGCCACAUUCACCUCAAUCUGGAUCUUCCACGCCAUAGGAGGCUGGGGAAUCUCCCAAGUCCUCCCGACAGUAAUCUUCGACCUAGGCUUCUCAGCCUCAGCCCUCAGCCAAUUACUCACCAUGCCAACCUACGCUUUCGGCUGCGUAGCUCUCGUCUUCUCCGGCUGGCUCAUCCAUACCAAAUGUCUACGAUCCUGGUCCGUGGCGAUAGCACUCGAGAUCCUCGCGAUGAUAUCCUACAUUCUCCUCAUUUUUGUGGAUAGUCCCGUCGCCAAAUAUGUUCUGGUGACGCUCGCUACGGCUUGUUCGAUUUGUAUUUAUCCGAUUCUUUGGCCCGAGAGAAUUCGUGCUGCGCAUGGAACUACAUCUGCUGCGUUGGCGAUUGGGAUUACGAAUUCCGCCGCGCAGUUGAGUGGGAUUGUUGGGCCGCUGGUUUAUCAGACGAGGUUUGGACCUGGGUAUCGGCUUUCGUACAUUGUUAGUAUUGCGCUUUUGGCUGGUGCUGUUUUUAGUAUUGGGGUGACUUGGUGGUUUGUGGGUAAGAGGGAUAAGCUUCGUCUUGGAGAGGAAGAGGAGAGUGAGAGAUGA